CUUUCGAAUUGCUAGCUGCUGCCCUCUGCUAGUACUCAGCUUCAGCUGAAAAUUAUCUUUCCAAGCUCACUGGACCGGAGUUCUGCGGAUUCUUGCACAGAAAUGCUGCACAGCAUGAUUUCAACAAGGACCCUGUGUCUGGUUGUGGCUCUCAUGCUUGUAAUUAUACACUAUCAGGUUGCAAUCGAAGCCCUCCCAGGGCGAGAGAUGAUAGAAAAUUUUACUGGAAAAGCAUUCUCGCUUGUUGAGUGCGCUUGCAAAGGUACUUUCUGUGCAGGCAGAGGAUGCGUAUGCAACAAUCAGUGCUUUUGUAAAUGCUCAUAGUUGCAACAGAGACUUUUAUAUUGCCUCUUACGUUCGGCGUGAGUAACUAUGAACUUCGCAGAGCGACAGGCUUAACAUGAACAUCACCGGCAAGUUCAGAGCUGUGCAGUCGGGAUUGCUUUGGUGCUUCACAAAGAAAAUGUAAUGACGACUCACAGGAAGCUUCAUCAAUUAUGUUCAAGUUCGAUCUGUACCUUUGAUCCCACCUAGGCUCAUUUAGACAUAACAUGCAGAUUUCUAGAAACUACACAUAAUCUUAUGGAACACUACGUCUCUGACCACAGUGUUCCAGUUAGGACGGAUGAUCACACUGAACUUUGUAAUCUGCUUUCAAGCCCGUAUGAAUAAUAUGCCCAUAAAAAUAUUGACAA